AUGGACGACCCUAUUGGCCACAUCCAGCUCACUCUCGACGCCAUGGAGGCCUGUCAAAAUGCCUUGGUGUGUAGCCUUAGCUGCCUCGAGUUCUUUUACAAUCACAGUACAGACUCAGCCUCCUCCAUCAAUUACUCCGAGUCCACCGAUCGCCAUAUAACAAACACCUUAGACUACCUACAUUCCACUGGUGCCUACCUUCAGGCUUCUCUAGAGUAUAUCGAGAUCUCCCAUCAGGAUGAUGACAAGUCCAGCAUCUUGGAGGCCAUCAAGAGUUUCAGUGCAAUGCUGGAAAAGAUUGAGUUGAUCGACAAGAAGUUUUUUGAUUUAGCGAUGAUUAAAGAGAGAAGACGAGCAACCGAGACUGCUAAGGAGAGGGAAGCAGCUGAGGGUGAAAGCCAAAAUCCUCAGCAUCAAGACUUGGACUCUGCCGCCGACCGCCCCGAGAAUAUCGAUUGA